UUGCAAUGUGUGUUUUUUUUUAAAUAAGCAUCUUUCUAGUUUGGUCUUGAACCUUGUGUUUUUUUUUGUUUCAGCUUUCUCUGUUGUUUCUGUUCCUAUGAAUGCAGUGGGUUCUGUUGCAGCGAUGAACAGCUAUCUUUGGUCUCUGCUGGUGGGGGCUUCGUUGCUCCUGUCCGGCUGCAAGGCAGCCCCGCAGCCCGCACUAUCCCGGGGCACAGCCCAGCCCGUGUGUCGGCAACGCUGCGACGUGUCCUUGUGCCCCAGCCCCAGCUGCCUGCAUGGUUAUGCGAAGGACCGCUGCCGCUGCUGCCUGGUGUGUGCCGCCGCCGAGGGCCAAGCCUGCGGGAGAGCCCACGAUGUAGAUUGCGGCGAUGGGAUGCAGUGCAAGCCCCUCUUUGGCAAGCGUGCGGCCAAGGGACCCGGCGUGUGCCGCUGCAAACUCAACUACAAAGUGUGCGGCGACGACGGCAAAACCUACGACAACGUGUGCAAGCUCAAGUCAUCCAGCCGGAGAGCCCUGCAGCUGAGGCUGCAAGCGGUAGUACAAGUUCACAAAGGUGCAUGUGAACCAGAUCAUUCGCAUCCAAACAGUCCAAGAUAUAAAUUCAAUUUUAUAGCGGAUGUGGUGGAAAAGAUUGCACCUGCAGUUGUUCACAUUGAACUAGUUUUAAGGCAUCCACUGCUGAGACGAAACAUCCCAUUGUCAAGUGGUUCUGGUUUUAUAAUAUCAGAACGUGGGUUAAUUGUGACCAAUGCCCAUGUGGUAGUACCCACUAAUAAUGUUAUGUCAGGUCAACAAAUGAUAAACGUGCACGGACACAAUGGAAAAAUCUACGAGGCAACAAUAAAAGAUAUUGAUACAAAGGCUGAUAUAGCAACAAUAAAAAUCAAUUCUAAGAGAAAGCAACAUGUGCUACCGCUAGGUCGGUCAGUUGAACUCCGACCAGGAGAAUUUGUAGUUGCAAUUGGAAGUCCUUUUGCUUUGCAAAAUACAGUAACAACAGGGAUUGUCAGCUCUGCUCAGAGGGAUGGAAGGGAACUAGGUCUAAAGGACUCUGACAUGGACUACAUACAAACAGAUGCCAUAAUCAAUUACGGGAACUCUGGAGGCCCAUUGGUGAAUUUGGAUGGGGAAGUUAUAGGAAUAAAUACAUUGAAGGUGACAGCAGGAAUAUCAUUUGCAAUUCCAUCAGAUCGCAUUGCAAAAUUUCUUACUGAUUUUCUGCAUAAAAGAACCAAAGAAGUCACAGGUGUGAAGAAGCGGUUCAUUGGUGUGAGGAUGCUGACCUUAACUCCUGCCCUAAUAAAAGAAUUGAAGAAAAAGAACUCUGAUUUUCCUGAUAUCACCACUGGCAUCUAUGUACAUGAAGUGAUUUUAAACUCUCCUGCAUACAGGAGUGGAAUCCAGAAUGGAGAUGUUAUUGUUAAAGUAAAUGGGAUACCCUUGAAGACAACAAAUGACUUGCAGGAAGCAGUGAAGAAUGAAUUUCCUCUGUUGCUUGAGGUUCGCAGGGGAAAUGAAGACAUACUUUUUAACAUUGAGCCUGAUUUAAUUGGCUAAAACAUCGCCAGCAUAGUUAACCCUUUCCGGUCAGGAAUGAUCGCAAUUUCUGUUUUCUUUGCUGAGGGCCAAUAAAGCUGCUUGAACAGAGAGUAAAGUGUUUACUAUGUAACCGGUCAUCUGGAGAGAGGCAUUCUUCCGGUUGCAUCCCGCUGGAAAGGGUUUAUAAAAGUACCUUAGAUUGGAAUUUUAGUACUUGCAAGUGAUAAAUGCUAUUCUUCUCAUUCUUUUCUUCAAUUUACGUCAAUGGUUUAGGAAUUAUUAUUGGAGUGAAAUUACUUAACAGUGCAGGACACGUCUAUUUACCUGGUGCAGUAAAGGUUGCUCCUCUGUAUUACACAUUGCUGUAUGGAUAAAUGCAUUCAUUCUCUUCCAUAUCUGCCUUGGAAAUUAAGGAGCCCAUUUUGGACUGCCCCUGCCAAGCAGAAACUAGAUGGCAGGGGUGAAGAUGCAGUUAUUUAACUCCUUGGAAAACACCACCUUCCUGUUCAGUCCCAAUCUCAACACAUUUUUUUAACAUAACAUUAAUAGCUUAAACCUAAUGGGCUUUAUUUGAUUAAUCGGUGGUCUUGUUUAAAAGACCAAGGAGAGAACUAGUGGCUGCUUUCCUAUCCAGUAAUCUGGCUGAGGGAUGAAUUGUGGACAGAAUUUGCCAAUCGGUAGGUUUCAGUGUUUUGUCUUGGGCUUCCUCGUGGACCAGAGGCCUCACAAAGAAGCCAUUUAGAUGCCAGAGUAUAUUAAUCACCCGCCUUUGAUUGUCUUCAGUACUCCCACAAUUUAUUGCCUCUUCAAUAUCUCUGCCCCCUCAAUCAUUUCCAUCAUUUCUCAUUGACUGUCCCCAGUUGGUCCUGCAACCUGUACCUUUACUCGUUGAUGAGAACCAUCCAUGCAGGUUUCUGGAUGUGACCUCUUGUGCCAACUUUAACUCCUGUUCACACAGGUCAUGGUUAGAUGGGCUAUCACAUCACUGAGCAAGCAGGUACUUUGUCCAUUUUGGGGCAUGUGUGCAUCAUACCGGCCCUGCUUGUAGAACUGUGGUCUAUGCCUUGAUGCACCAUUUGAAAGAUGCUGUUGCAUUUGUCUCAUUUGCGCAUUGUGGCAUGGGGAAGUGGUGGAAUCAAAUUUGUUUUAAAUAUUAAAGUUCCAUCAUGUAAAAAUUCUAGUUUAUUAACUUUAGGUUGGUAUAGUGGUAGAGUGACAGAUUUUUCUUCCCCUAUGAUCACGCGGGUUUCCUCCCACAUCUCAACGAUGUGUAGGUUUAUAGGUUAAUUGGCAUCUAUAAAUUACCCCUAAUGUGUAGACAGUGGAUGAAGAAGAAGAAUAACACAUAACUAGUGUGAAUGGGUGAUCGAUGGUUGGCUUGGACAUGGUAGGCCAAUGCACCUGUCUCCAUGCUGUAUCAUUCCAUUCCAUUCAAUUCAAUUGUUGUAAAGCACAAAACUGGUACAGGUUGCAAAGGGUUACAUUCCUAUUCCUCUGGCAAAUCGUAGAUUUAGAAGACAUAUUUUUAAAUAUACUUUAAAUAAUGACCAUAUAGUAUUUUAUAUUGAAACUCAAUUGAAUUGUUAACUGUAACUGAGAGUUAUUCUGUGCACAGAAAAAGAGCAUCUACAGAAAAUGUGAUGUAUUUGUAACCAUUCAUAAAGUAGCAUGCUUUUGAGUAACAAAUGGAUACUGCAAUGCAUAGAGAAGAUAUACAGGUACUUCCUAAUGUGAUGCAGUAAUCAGUUAAGACAGGUUUAAGUUGUCAUUUUGGAGUUAUUGUGAACAAUUAAACUGCCACCACUUUAUAAAAGCAACAACCAAAAAUAAUAAAUCUGCAGUGAUUGGAGAA